AUGAGCGCACCCUCUGAGACCAUUCAACCCACCCCCUCGACCAGCAGCAUCGUGCCUCCUGUCACAGCCAAUAAACCACCCCACGUCUUGAUUGGUGGUGCUGGUCUGGCUGGCCUUUUCCUCGGCAUUCUUCUAGAGAGGGCUGGGAUCCCCUAUGAGAUCUUCGAACGUUCUGCUGAACCCAGGCAACUUGCAUUCGAGCAGCUCGGCUUGUUGGACGAACUUUCGUCGAUCUCCAAGCCAUCGGUUAGUGGAGUAACGUUGACCGAUAAGUUGAAACUCAUUGGCAAAUCUGUCGCCUCGGACACCGAUAUUGCGGUUCGUCGGCACUUGUACAAUACCCUGGAGAAAGAGGGCCUUCUCCCCAAGUCUGAUACCAAGGCUAUGAGCAAGGGUUAUACAUCCCUCGUAGGAACGACCGGCGCCCUCGACCCCGUCAAAUACCCUGGUGUCUUGGAGAAGGAAUCCGAGAGUUACUUUAUGUUCGGAGAUAAAGACACGCCCUACACUUGGGUGACCUUCACCACCCCUGGCAACAGAAUCUGCUGGAACAUUGUCAUUCAGCUAGGACUUUCAUCCACCGCGGAUGAGCAAGCAGCGUCGUCGGACUGGACUAAUCAAGACAACAAGAAGAUGUUGGAUGAGAUCCGUCACUUCAAGACCCCCUAUGGCAACAUGGGGACUUAUUUGAUGCGACCGACAUUGAUAAGGUCUCCAAGGUCUAUUUCGAGGACAAACUCUUCGAGACCUGGACGCACGGACGAACCGUUCUUAUCGGCGAUGCUUCUUCCAAGCAGUGGCGCUGGCGCGGUGAACGCCAUGCAAGGUGCUGUUCUCCUCGCCAACCGUCUUUAUGACAUUAGGCCCACCAACUUCAAGAUCAUCGAGACCGCGCUAAGUGACUACAGGAAUGAACGAUUCUAUGCAAUUAAGGAUCAAUACCCACAGUCCUACAUAAGCGCCAAACUAAUCUACGGACAUACUUUUUCUGAGCGAGUUCUCAGACAACUUGUGUUCAACUGGCUCCCCAAGUCGUUCCAGCGCAAACAGUUAGUUAAGGAUUCUGCCUACCGCCCCCAGGCUAACUUUUUACCUCUGGCGCCAAAGCGUGGCACAAUGGAUGUCAUUCCUCAGAGGCCUUCAAAGCACACGGGGAAGAGGUGA